AUGUCUUAAAUUACAAGUAAUCCUUAAAAGCAACCAGAGCCCGAGACAUAAGUAAAGAAAUUAUCGGUAAUCGGGCUAAGCAACAAGCCUGAAAUGAGGAAGUAUCUAUUGUGGACUUUAAAAUUAAUGAAAGAUGUGCCCUCAGUGUUUGAUAAGGUAUCCUAUGUUGAUAUCAGCAAACAAAAGAUAGAUGAGAUUAAAGAUUUAAAGUCUUUUGACAUUAUUGUUAUAUCUUCUGAUAUUCCAGAUCUAAAUAAAGAUCUCUUCAAAUAAGAUGCCAUAAUUUCAAUCCUUAAUAGCGAUAAAGCAGUUCUGUCAGAGCAUGAAUAUCUAGCAAAGAGUGGUUUCUUAUCCAUCGUCGGCUUAUCUCACUUUAAGCUAGGCAGAUUUAAAAGACCCUAAUCUCUUCCUCAACAGCCAACAUCAAGCUUAAUGCAAUAUAUUCAAAACUAUCCCGUUGAUAACUUAAUAUAUAUCUGCUAAUUCGUUUAAUCAAUGAGAGAACUAGGGUAGUGGCGAAAUGAAUAAGGUUAAAAUAUGAUUGAUGGUGGUGCUCCUUAUUAUACCACUUAUUUGAGUAAAGAUAGAAAAUACUUUGCUGUAGGCUGCAUUGAACCACAAUUCUUCAAGCUAUUUGUUAAAGGAUUGCCUGUUGAUGAUGAUGAAAAGAAAUCUCUAAUAGAAAACUAGAAUAAUCAAGAACAGUGGCCUAAGAUGAAGGAUAGAUUCGAAAAAAUAUUUGCAUCUUAGCCUUCAAAGUAUUGGAAAGAACAAUUUAAAGGCACAGAUGCGUGUGUCACAUUGGUAAUCAAUGAGAAUUAGGCAAUGAAGAAAAAGAUAUUCAAAGAUAUCACAUAGAAGCCAAAGAAGAAUGACCACAUUUGGAAUUUACUCUAGAAAGAGAUUAAUCUUAAGGAUCAUGUAGUUAUCACACCACUUGCUAAAUUAUGA